CAUCACUUGGAAACAAGCUGCUAUGGUUCUUUAAAAUAUGUAGCCUACUCCCCAAAAGUGGCUCCUAACCGGAAUCGUUCAGAGAACAAGAAUCAUUAAAUUCCCCGUGAUUUCCUCCCCCUGUUAUUGACUGGCAUGCGGUGUGACCUGCGGCAAUGGAGUUGCGCGCAUGAAAUCGUGAAACCUGCCCACAGUUUGCGAACAAACGAGGAGCUCGAGCGCUUGAGAGCGUGGAGACGGACAGCUCGCGCGCUCAUGAUGAGAAGUCCAGUUAUCCAUGUGCCCCCUUUGGACACUCCCUUCUCACUUCAGUGCUUACUCAACCACGAAAUCCACCACUGGAUUCCAAAAUACAGCUCGCAUGGAGAUUUAAAACUGGACAGAGGCAUGAUAGUCCAGAAGAGAAUACGGAGGGAUGCGAGUGUGUUGCUGCCAUGAUUAACAUCCAGAUUUUGCUGGUGUGCUCCUGAGAACGGCAAGACAACAACUCGAGAGGUCCAGCACUCAAGAUAGCCGAUGAGGAAGAAGAAGAGAUUUGACAAAGUAUGGCUGCACCUGAUCUUUUAGAUCCUAAAUCAGCCACACACAACACCAAACCACGGCUGUCGUUCUCCUCCAAGCCCAUUGUGUAUAACUCGGGUGAUGACUGUGAUACCAUAACCACCGUAAUGAAGUGGAAAACAGUAUUGGCGAUCUUCCUGCUGGUUGUCCUGUACCUGAUCAUCGGAGCCACGGUGUUCAAAGCUCUGGAACAGCCCCAGGAGAUCUCUCAGAAGUACCUCAUCCUGCAGGAGAAAAUGAUCUUUCUCUCUAGACAUGCCUGUGUCAACACCUCCGAGCUGGAAGACCUGGUCAAGCAAGUGGUGGUUGCUAUCCGGGCCGGGGUCAACCCCUCGGGUCACCCCUCCAAUGACAGCAGCAUGUGGGACCUCAGUAGCUCCUUCUUCUUUGCAGGGACUGUCAUCACCACGAUAGGGUUUGGAAAUGUCUCUCCACACACAAAAGGAGGAAGGAUCUUUUGCAUUAUCUACGCACUGCUGGGGAUUCCACUCUUUGGGUUCCUCUUGGCAGGAGUGGGCGAUCAGCUGGGAACAAUAUUUGGCAAAGGAAUCGCCAAAGUGGAAAAGAUGUUUGUGAAAUGGAACGUGAGCCAAACUAAAAUCCGUGUGACAUCCACAGUCCUGUUCAUCCUGUUCGGGUGUCUGCUGUUUGUGGCCCUCCCUGCUCUCAUCUUCCAACACAUCGAAGGCUGGAGCGCUCUGGAGGCCAUCUAUUUUGUCGUCAUCACUUUAACCACUAUUGGAUUUGGAGACUUUGUGGCAGGAGGCUCUGAGAUUGAGUAUCUGGACUAUUAUAAGCCCUUGGUGUGGUUCUGGAUCCUGGUGGGUCUUGCCUACUUCGCUGCAGUUCUCAGUAUGAUUGGAGACUGGCUCCGGGUCAUCUCCAAGAAAACCAAAGAGGAGGUGGGAGAGAUCCGCGCUCACGCUGCAGAAUGGACGGCUAAUGUGUCAGCGGAAUUCAAAGAGACGCGCCGCCGCCUGAGCGUGGAAGUUUACGACAAGUUUCAGCGGGCAGCGUACAUCAAGCGCAAGCUGUCGUCAGAGCUGGGACAAAAUCCAGGUCAGGACAUGCAAUGCAGGAGGACCCUGUCCGUGAACUUCACAGAUGAACUAGAGAAAGAAGGUCUCCCGACCCUGACCAAAAAUGGCAGCCUGUACCUGAACGGUCUUACCGCGGACCGCCACGAUCACGGCGAGAUCGCCGUCAUUGAACAUCUCAAAUGCUAA